GUGCAAUGCCAUUGGCUGGGAACCAGCCAAUGUGAACUAAAGAAGAGGGGGUGGUGCCUGAGAGCAAAAGUCAGGUAAGGCUUGCACACCCCUGCCUAGGAUCCAGAUCUGCUGCUGGCCACUUCCAGGGCUCAGCGAGGUACGCGGUGCCAGGACGGGCAGGAAGCCUGCCUCUGCACCCCCCUGGCUGUGCUGCUGACCGGGAGCCGCCGGAGGUGUGUGUGUUGGUGACUCUGCCACUAAAGUUGCCUCCAUGGAUCCUGCUUCUGUCUCACUCAGCAGCAGCUGCUGCAGUGCCUGGCUUCUUGUGCUGCUGGGGAUGCUGGGGACAGCUCUGCUUGCGGCAGCUCACAGACUGGGGCUGAUCUACCAGCUCUGGCAUAAGGCAGAGCCGAAGAGUACCCGGCACGGUGGGGAGCUUGUUGCAGAGGUCCUGAAGGCCCAUGGGGUGCGUUAUUUGUUCACGCUGGUAGGAGGCCACAUCUCGCCCAUCCUGGUAGCCAGCGAGAAGUUGGGCAUCCGUGUGGUGGACACAAGACACGAGGCCACAGCUGUGUUUGCUGCUGAUGCAGUCGCCAGGCUCUCAGGGACAGUCGGAGUCGCCGCAGUAACAGCGGGACCUGGGGUAACCAACACCGUGACGGCUGUAAAGAAUGCCCAGAUGGCUGAAUCCCCGGUGCUGCUAAUUGGAGGAGCAGCUGCAACACUGCUGAAGGGCCGGGGUGCUCUCCAGGACAUUGACCAGCUGUGCCUUUUCAAGCCACUCUGCAAGUUUUCUGCGUCAGUGAGGACCGUGCGGGACAUCGUCCCCACACUGCGAAGGGCCAUCGCAGCAGCACAGUCUGGCACCCCAGGCCCUGUGUUUGUGGAGUUCCCAAUCGAUGUGCUCUACCCAUACUACUUGGUGGAGAAGGAGCUGGGCUUCAAAGAGACCCCGCGGGGGCUGCUGGGUGGAGUCAUCAACUGGUACCUGGGCAACCACCUCAGGAACCUGUAUGCAGGGGCCUGGGAGACAAGGGACUUUUCUCCCCUUCCGGUGCAGGUGCCACAGGCCACAGCAGAGCAGGUGCAGCAGUGUGUGGAGCUGGUCAGCCGUGCCAAGAAACCUGUAAUGCUCCUGGGCAGCCAGGUGACCCUGCCCCCGACGCCUGUGGAGAAGCUCAGGGAAGCCCUGGAGGCUCUUGGCAUCCCUUGCUUCCUGGGUGGGAUGGCCCGGGGCAUGCUGGGAAGGGACAGCCCACUACAUAUCCGCCAAAACCGCCGAGAGGUGCUGAAGGAGGCUGACCUGGUCAUUCUGGCAGGCACAGUGUGUGAUUUCCGUUUGUCCUAUGGCCGUGUGCUGAGCCGGCGCAGCACAGUCAUUGCCAUCAACCGGGACCGUGCCCUGAUGCUGCGCAAUUCGGACAUCUUCUGGAAGCCCCGCAUGGCCAUCCAAGGAGAUGCUGGCUCCUUCCUCCUGAGCCUUUCCCAAGGCCUCAAGAGUUACUCACCACCUCAGGACUGGUCAACAAGUCUGAAGGAUGGCGACAAAAGGAAGGAGAAAGCAAACCGAGAGAAGUCAGAAGAGCCCACGGAGCAGCACCUGAACCCACUCAAGCUCCUACACCAUGUGGACAACUUGCUGCCCGAGAACAGCCUGCUGGUGUCAGACGGGGGCGACUUCGUGGGGAGCGCUGCCUACAUUGUGCAGCCCCGGGGGCCCCUGCACUGGCUAGACCCAGGAGCUUUCGGGACACUGGGUGUUGGAGGAGGAUUUGCUCUUGGCGCCAAACUCUGCCGGCCGGAUUCUGAGGUCUGGAUCCUCUACGGAGAUGGCUCCCUUGGCUACAGCAUCAUGGAGUUUGACACCUUCGUCCGUCACAAGACGCCCAUCAUCGCGCUGGUGGGGAACGACGCCUGCUGGAGUCAGAUCUCCCGUGAGCAGGUCCCCUUGCUGGGCAGCAAUGUGGCCUGCGGCCUGGCCUAUGUGGAUUACCACCUGGUGGCAGAAGGCUUGGGCGGGAAAGGUUUCCUACUCAGCCGCCAGGACGAAGCCUCCAUGGACAACAUCAUCCAGGCGGCGCAGGAGGCCUGCAGAGAGGGACAUCCCACCCUGAUCAACGCCCUGAUUGGCAGAACCAGCUUCCGGGAGGGAUCCAUCUCUGUGUAGGGCUGGGGCCAGGUCUGGCAGCGCUCCCUGCCCAUGCCAGAGUGCAGCAGCCUGCCUUGGGCCCCCUACAGACACCUGCACAGUACUCCCUUCAGCAUUUAGUUGAUCAUCCUCCUCGUUCUGGCCCCAGAGCUGCUGCAGACUGACACAGCCACCCCUAUCAGGGACUGGGGUCCUAACCCAAGCCCCUCAAUAGGUAACCGGUGCCAGGACACUGGCCAGUAGGGGUCAACCUGAAGAGAGCCCCAGGACAGCAGGGACAAGAAAGCUUCUCUCAGUUCAGCACUGGGCAGGUGCCUACUUCUGUGGCAGAUGGGCCUUGUGCUUUGGCAAGCUCCUGCCAGUAGUGAGAGCAGCUGCAGGGAUCUUGUUCUGCUGACAGGAGGGCGUCUUGCAACUGGGCAGCCUAGGGCUGGGCACUGAGGGGUGGGGGUCCGGGGGCUUGUUGCCCAGCUCUGCAAGCCAGGGCAGUAGGCUGGUGCCUCUUUCUGGGGCAUGAGCCUGGCCUAGGCCUAAUGUUUGGACAAAGUGGAGCUGCUGAGCCCUGCUGAGAGCCUUGGUUGAGGGAAAUCUGUCAGGAUUCACUCCAGAUCCACCAGGGCUGUGAUUCUCCCAACACCCUACAAUGUGCUAUGAGGACAUCUCCCUGGCUGACCAGCCCAGGGACCCUGCUGCCCCAGAGCCCUGCCAUGCAGAAAUGCAUUUCCUGAAUAGCUUUGGGCAAGGCCCGUCACAGCUAUGCUCUCCAGUCCCAUAACCAGCACCAGGAGCUGCCAUUGCACUGCCACUUCCCUGCUGGGCUGCAGCCGCUGCCACACGUAGGAGCCUAGGGAGGGCCUGCAUAUUCAAAGGGCACAGGCAGGGCCAUGCGUGCUGCUGCUCCCAGCCCCAGGUGCCAAGCUCUCCAUUGCCAUAGUGUGAGGUGGCGUGGUCAUGCAGGAGGGGUGGUACGCGGUUAACUGGGAUGUUAACAGAGCAGUUCCCUCUCUCUCUCCAAGCACAGGCACUCCACCCACUUGGUUUUCCCCAACAAUAAAGAGAAUGAUGGCACCAGGCCAAGUGUGGCUCUAUAGCUGCUCUGUGGGGAGGGUGCCAUCUAAUGGUUAACGUGGUGGUUUGAUAGGAUUGGUGGCCUAGAGCAGGGGUGGGCAAAGUUUUUGGCCUGAGGGCCACAUACAGUUCUGAAACUGGAUGGAGUGCUUGGUGCAGUGUAUUAAAUUGCUCCCUGUAGGAAUGUGCUACUUAGGCUGCCAGUCCUGGUGCUCUAAGCAGCAUGGUAUGGGGGUGGAGAGUGGGGGGGUUGGAUAAGGGGCAGGGAGUCCCAGGGAGCAGUCAGGGAACAGGGGUGGUUGGAUUGGUGUAGGAGUCCCAGGGGGUUGUCAGGGAGUGGGGGUGUGAAUAGGGGUUGGGGCAGUCAGGAGACAGGGAGUGGGGGCGGGAUUGGAUAGGAGGUGGGGUCCUGGGCUGGCUGUUGGAGCAGGAAGUGGGAGGCAGUGGAUGAGGGCAGGGGCCAGGCUGUUUGGGGUGGCACAGCCUUUCCUACCGGGGUGUAGUGUAUUAAAUUGCUCCCCGUAGGAAUGUGCUACUUACAGUGUUCUACUUACAGCUGCAAGUUCUGGUGCUCCGUAAGUGGCACAUUCUUAGGGGGAGCAAUUUAAUACAGUACACCCGGUGGCUCAUGCAGCUGUGCAGCCCGGCAGGAGCUUGUAGCACUGGCGGCAUGGUGAGCUGAGGCUGUGGGGGAGAGGGGAGUAGGCCGGGGGCUAGCCUUCCCAGCUGGGAGCGCAAGGGCCAGGUUGGUUGGUCCCGCAAGCUGGAUAUGACCCGCGGGCCAUAGUUUGCCCAUCUCUGGCCUAAAGGAGAAGCUGUAGAUGUGAUGUGUCUUGAUUUUAGUCAGUCUUUUGAUACUGUCCCACAGGACAGUCUCAUACAAAAACAGGGGAAAUGUCAUCUAGCUGAACUUACUGUAAGCUGGGUUCACAACUGAGUGAAAGACAGUAUCUCAAAGAGUAGUUAUCAAUGGUUUGCUGUGAAACUCGGAGGGCAUAAUUAGUGGGGUCCUGCAGGGUCAGUCCUGGGUGUGGUACUGUUCAGUAUUUGAUUUGGAUAAUAGAGAGGAGAGCAUGCUUAUAAAAUUUGCAGCUGACACCAAGCUGGAAGGGGUUGCAAGCACAUUGCAGGACAGGAUUAGAAUUCAAAAUAAUUUGGAGAAUUGAUCUGAAAUUAGCAAAAUGAGAUUAAAUAAAGACCAGUGCCAAUAAGUUCAUUAAGGAAGUAAAAAUCAAAUACAAACCUACAAAAUGGGGAAUGACUAGCUAGAGAUAGUACUGCUGCAAAGGACCUGGGGGGUUAUAAUGGAUCACAAACUGAAUAUGAGCCAACAAUGUGGUGCAACUGUGAAAAAGUCUAAUAUAAUUUUGAAGUGUAUGAAGAGGAAUGUCACAUGUAAGACAUGGGAGGUAAUUGUCCUGCUCUACUCAGCACUGUUGAGGCCUCAGCUGGAGUACUAUAUGCAAUUCAGGCUGACGCACGUUAGGGAAGAUGUGGACAAACUGGAGAGAGUCCGGAGAUAAACAUGAUAAAAGGUUUAGAAAACCGGACCUGUGAGGAAAGGUCGAAAAACUGAGCAUAUUGAGUCUUGGGAAAAGAAGACUGAGGGGGAACCUGUUACCAGUCUUCAAACGUGUUAAGAGCUAUUUUUAAAAAUGCCUGUGAUCAAUGGUUCUUCAUGGCCAUUGAAGGCAGGAGAAGUACUAAUGGGCUUAAUCUGCACCAAGGGAUGUUAGACCAUUAGAACAGCCAUGAUGGGUCAGACCAAAGGUCCAUCUAGCCCAGUAUCCUAUCUUCUGGCAAUGGCCAGUGCCAGGUGCCCCAGAGGGUAUGAAUAGAAGAGGUAAUCAGUGAUCCAUUCCCUGUCGCUCAUUCCCAGCUUUUGGCAAACACCAUCCCUGUCCAUCCUGGCUAAUAGCCAUUGAUGGACCUAUCCUCCGUGAAUUUAUCUAGUUCUUUUCUGAACCCUGUUAUAGUUUAGCCUUCACAACAUCCUCUGGCAAAGAGUGCCACAGGUUGACUGUUUGUUUUAAACCUGCUGACUAUGAAUUUCAUUUGGUGACCCCUAGUUCUUGUGUUGUGAGAAUAAAUAACGCUUCCUUAUUUACCUUCUCCACACCAGUCAUGAUUUUAUAGACCUCAGUCAUGUUUCCCUAAGCUGAAAAGUCCCAUCUUAUUAAUCUCCCCUCUUACGGAAGACGUUCCAUACCCCUAAUCAUUUUUGUUGCCCUUUCCUGAACCUUUUCCAAUUCCAAUAUAUCUUGUUUGAGAUGCGGCAAUCACAUCUGCAUGCAGUAUUCAAGAUGUGGGCAUUCCAUGGAUUUAUAUGGAGGCAAUUUGAUAUUUUCUGUCUUAUUAUCUAUCCGUUUCCUAAUGAGUCCCAACAUUCUGCUCACUUUUUGAUUGCCACUGCACAUUGAGUAUAUGUUUUCAGAGAACUAUCCAUAGUGACUCUCUUUCUUGAAUAGUAACAGCUAAUUUAGACCCCAUCAUUUUUUAUAUAUAUAGUUGGGAUUAUGUUUUCCAGUGUGCAUUACUUUGCAUUUAUCAACAUUAAAUUUCAUUUGUCAUUUUAUUGCCAAA